UUUCCCAUCAUCCCACCAAACGUCAACGCCCUUAUUCGACUCUCGUCUAUCCAGCGCAUCGUCGAAAAUCAAUCCUGUUGCCGUCUAUCAAUCCGAGGCCUCGUCAUCAACUUUCGCUCGUUACCUUCCGUCGGAUCUGUCAGCCAGUGACCUUACGUCAAAAUUUGCCGCUCGCAAUCCACUCAGGGAUUUUACCAACUUCUUCAAACCUGGAUCACUCUGCGCAUCACAUCCUCGUCACCUUCUCGUCGACUUUUCUCGAUGGCGACCAUGUCCUUCAAUCCCCAAACUCCUCAAAGCCCUUCCCAGUUCUCUCCAAAUACCGCCGACCAAGUAUCGAGCAUGAACAGCUCUAUGACUUCAAUAACUACCACAUUACCUACCCCGGCACAUAGUGUGAAUGGCUCAUCCCAACCAACCGAUGCGUCCCACGAAAAUACAAUGGCAGACGUAUAUAUGCAUAAGCGAAAGUAUCCUUUUGAUGACACCGAAGACCAUGAACAGAAAAAACCACAUAUCGAGAAUCGCAGAGUCGGUAUUGAAGCCCUACACGCUGAUGUUGGUGAGAAGUAUCUUCUCUGCAGUACUCACUAUUCCCGCGCCUGGCCCGCUUUGUCCGAUGACCUUUUUGAGUUGUUCGGUCUAACCGGCAUCGCUUCAGAAGUUGCUCGAACAAAGCCGAAUGGCGAAAAGAAUGCACUUCGUAAGACAUACAAAGGCCAAAUUAAGACUUUGGGACUGAGUGGUCACUUUGAUGCUGUGAAGAAAGAACCUGAUGCGCCUGACGGUCUUAAAGCGCUAGCUGAGAUUCCUGAUGACGUUUGGUAUAGCAGGGAAGUUAGCGGGAAGGAUAUUACUAGAGGGUUUUCGCAGACCCAUCUAGCGCAUCUAUCACGAGCAACCACGAUGGCCAAAGGCCCGAUUCCGAAAGCCGUAUGGGAUAGCGCAGUCCUUGGGGACUUGGCCCCUGGAAACCUCCCAAAGAAGACGGGGUUGGAUCCAGUUGCGAGACAGACCGCUCCAAGCACUCCAGCUGCCUCGGCUCCGGGUGUUACACCCAAGCCGGGCAAGCCGUUAACACCACAAGUUGACCGCAGUUCUCGGCCUGGCAAGAAGCGAGGCUACCAGGACAACAACUUUGACGGAUACGGCGAGGGAUAUGCGGACGACGAUACAGGCGGAUACUCAACAGCAUCUGGAGAUGGCCGGCCAAGUACGAAGAGGAGAAAACAGCAGAAUCUCAGUGCGAUGUCUACCUCUGGUAGUGCUGGCGGCCGAGGUUAUGGUGGCAGAAUAAAGGCGUGACCUUGAGAUACCCAAUAAAAAACAAGGUGUGGCAAUUUGACGUGGUUGUAGGAAUGAAUAGGCUUCUACGAUGGAUGUCGUCUAGGUCAACCUCCUACGCAAUACGUUACAAUUAUUUGCAUUUUCCCAUGAUUUCAGCAUGGCGCGAGGCGUUAGGAUGACUUUAAGAUAUAAAGCAACAAGCAGCAGUGGUCGGGCACCCAAGUACUUUUCGAUGGUUAUCUGUGAUGGGCAACGGUUGGGCUCUAAAAUAUCAUACCCUCGGCAGUGGGACAGAAAAGCACAAACGGCUCAAUA